AUGGCAAAGGCACUGCGCCAGACCCAGGGCGGCCGUCAGAGAAAGGGCUCGUUGCGAAAGGCGGCCAUGGCCCGGAUGCGCGAACGAAGCAGCUCCUUGCGCAAAGCAGCGAAACCCUCCAUUAUCACCACUUUCGACAAGCCGGCCCUCAACUCGUCGCCCGCCGACACCACCACGACCGCCGCCGCCGCCUGGGUGCCCGCCAUCCAACUGCCAUCCUCCCCGACCGAACCCACGUGCGCAUCACGUGACGUUCCAGAGCCUCCUCCCUCUCCGCCAUUACUCGCAUCGCCAAUCUCGCCCAUGGCGGCGAGCCCUGCGGCGCCCUACGCUUCGACCACCGACGAUGACGACGUCAUGUCCUUUUACCGUCCUCUGGCCGCGAGUAGCGACUACUCUUCCUUUGCAGUGCCGAGCCAGGGCCCUGUCGCCUCUCUCGCACACCGUCGCUCGACUCGCAGCAACCGGCGUACGUCGAUUACUUCGCUCGUGACACCUGCCGAGAUUGACUCGGACGACGAGUGGGAUUACAGUGAGACCGAAUGGUGGGGCUGGGUCGUGCUGAUAGCGACGUGGAUAGUCUUUGUUGUAGGAAUGGGCUCCUGCCUCGGCGUCUGGAGCUGGGCGUGGGACGUGGGCGAGACACCGUAUGCACCACCCGAUCUGGAAGACGACGCAACCCUGCCCAUCACUGGCUACUAUCCCGCUUUGAUUGUCUGUACGGCUGUUACCAGCUGGGUGUGGGUCGUCGUCGCCUGGGUGGGCAUGAAGUAUUUCCGCCACGCCAAAGUCGGCGUAGACGGUUAG